AUGCGGGCAACCUUCUCCUGGACCCCAGGGGUGGGCUCUGCAACCAACGCUGACGUGGGCUCGGACUGCGUGUUCCAGUCCUACCAGAUGCAGAUCAAGAAGAGCGAUGGCAAUGACUGGGGAGCGCCGGAAGGCUGCCUCUCCUUGACGGAUCCCAACGCCGCCUCUUGCACCGCCACGAAUCUGCAGUGCGACACCAGCUAUGAUGCCAGGCUGCGCACCUCCUGCCUGCCGGCAUCCGCCAGCAGCGACUGGGCGGCUUUCCCGAGCUUCCGCACAACAGCUGCAGGCGCGUGCGCCCAGCCGGCCUCGGCGCCCACGCUCUUCCGGUCCAACGGCCGCACGCCGCAGAGCCUGGACAUCGCCUUCACCGCCGGAAGCAGCGGGGACUGCGAGUUCAGCCGCUUCGAGCUGCAGAUGCAGGUUCAGGGCACCACCUCCUGGGAAGACACCGCCUACCACUUCCGGGCCCGGGAGUUGUGCGGCAACGGGGCGCCCUUGGCCUCGCCCUGGGCCAGCACCGAGGUGCAGCAGCCCAGCUUUGUGGACCCCACAAGCUUGGUGUCCGGCACCACCGUGCCCAGCAGGCUGAUGCUUUUCUUCGAGUCCAACCUGGAGUUCGGGGACAGCAGUGUGCCGCUUCCUGGCCAGGUCGCCUUAAAAGCUUUGCAGAAGUGGGCACGGCUCCUAAAGCUCAGCAUUUGCCCCACACUGGGCGUGGACACGGGGCCGUGCCAGUGCGUGAGUGUUGCGGACUGCGCCUCCCGAUGCCUCCGCCGCGAUGACAUCUCCGUCUCGCUCAUGAGCUCCCGAGUUCUCUUCGUGGAGUUCGGAGCGGUGAUGCGCCCCUUGACCCAGUGCCCCUACGACGUGAUUGUGGAGGAGGGUUUCCUCCAAACGCAGCUGCGGCCAGCAAAGCUAUCGCCCAGGGUGACCUGGAACUUCACCUACUCCCCCCCUGUGCCGCUGGGGGAAGUCUCCCUGCAGCAAAGCGACACCACCUCCCUGCUGGUGCACGUGUCCUGGGACACCCCGAUGACCACGGUCUGCGGGGUUUCCAGUGGAGCAGACCUGCUGCAGCAGACGGCGCCUGCAGACUUCACGGGGUCCCGGGGAUUCCUGGAAGUGCUCAUCACCGGCCUAGUGCCGUCCACCCAGUACACGGUGAUUUGCCGAGGCUCUGCUAUCGGAGAUCCCAUCCUCACGGCGGAGGUCACGCGAGAAGGUUUCUCUACAGCGAGGGACACUAACGACCGGCUGUCGAGCAUCACCUUGAACAUCGAGGCGGUCUGCUCGGAGGGCCCAGCUGUCUCGGUGGACGCAGUGCUGACGCCGCCGUUCAACCCUGCUACGCGGACUUACCUGGCGACCUUGAAUGCCGACGACAUGCGCAGCUGGUGCGGGCCCGACGAGACGGAGGCCAUCCUGAGUGUGCACAUGGGAGCCAACGCCCAGAGCAGUUUCGCCUCCGUGAGCCUGCCACAGGCGCAGAUCUUGGCACAGCCGUUGCUGGACGCCUCCGGGAACUUGCCACCGGGCGCCGGACGAAGCACCUCCGCCCAGGUGGACAUCACGGUGCAGCCUCCCCAGACCGGAAGCGUCCCGGCAGUGCCCUACAGGGUGGACCUGAUCCUAGGGGUGCUGGACAUCCGCCUGGAGAACUUCACCUUGGAUUGGAAUUCGACCAUCGACGAAUCUUCCGCCGGCCCCUCCGGGCGUUUCGUGCUCAGCGUGCCCGGGGACCUCGAUGCAAGUUACAUCAGCAUCCUCGUGGGCCCGUAUGUGCAGACGCUGGUCCUUGUGAGCCAGGAGCAGUACACCGAGAACUCGAUGCUCAGGACGAUUUACAUCUUCAUAGUGGUGAGCGUGGCAGGGCUUGGCAAUCAGCUGCCCCUCAUCAUCCAGGUGCGGCCCCCGGCGAACAGCAUCCAUCCCAGCCUGGACGUGCGCACCGGCGAGAGUGUCAGCUUCGAGCCGCCCACGGUCAGCGGCGUCGAGACGGACCAGGGCAACGGCCUGGUGUCUGCCACAGGGUACACCUUUGUCACCGUCUCCGGGUCCAACCUGGCGCUGCCGCCGGCCGCGGCGGCGGGCGUGGGGGAGGCCGCGGCGAACGCGGAGAUCUACGUGGUGGGCAUCCCCGCGAGCUGCAGCACGGAGGAGUGCCAAGCGCAAGAGAUCCAGAGCUUGGUGGAGAGCGGGGCACCGAAUUUGUGCCUGGCUACAGUACAGGUCUCAGCGGACAGCUUGGGCUGCCUCGUGGCGCCUUCAGCCAGCGGGCGCCUGGGCGUGUGUCUCCUUGAGCCACAGGGAUUCUUCGCGCUGCCGGCGUGCAGCACCUUCGUGGCCCCCGGGACGGUGGUCCCGGAGCAGGCGCAGCCCGGAGGCUUGGAGGAUCCCAACCAGGAUAUGUCCUCGAACACGCCGAUCGUUCUGGACUUGGAUGGCAACGUGCCGUGGGAGAAUGUGUCUCAAGGCUAUUUGCAGGUUUGGGUCUCGCCCUUCGGUGAGCGCCCGGCGAAUCUCACCAAUUUGCCGAGCGGGUGGGUGCCAAUGUGUUCCGAUGCUGUGAUCGAAGACGGCCGCCUUGUGUGCUAUCGGAACCAGAACCUCAACGUGUCCGAGACUGGAUCUACUCCCAACGUCUACGUUCAGACGGGCCCGGACGCCAUGUCCGACAGCCUGCCGCAAGGUCUUCAAGUGGUGAGCCCUCGGAUCCUCUCGAAGAUCAGCCGAAACCACGAGUAUGAGGUUGGGGAGCUGGUCAUCACCAUCGAGGGGGAGCACUUUGGGACCAAGGACAACGGAAACAUGAUUGUGGCCUUGGAGACCUUCGGCGGGCAAACACAGAGUGUGCUCGACCUACGGCAGGCGGAGGGCCUUGGGGACCCGACCAUCGUCAUCAGCUGUGAGACGAUCAGCCACGAGGACGACACGAGGAUCCUUUCCCGGUGCAUCCAGGGGGGCACGAGCAUCUUCGGCGAUCCGGUGUCGGAAAGUUUCUACGCGGAGCGCGUGGAGGAGCCCCUGGACCCCGGCGCGGAUGCCACCACGCGGCGCUUGCAGCAGGUCAGCAUCGACACGCUGGCCUUGCAGCUGUCCCGGCUGCCAGUGGCCAUUUCCGUGAACUACGAGUUGGAUUGCUCCAUCCUCAACAGGCUCAACGAGACCUGCGGCCUCCGACCGGAGAACAUCUCAGUGCCGUCCUCCAGGCAGUGGCAAGCGGUUCGCCUGAAGCCGUGUCCCGCUGGCGAGCAUCGCAUCAACUACACAGGUACUGAGUGCCUGCAGUGUGCGCCGGGGAAGUUCAAGAGCGGUGUGGGGCCUGCGCUCCAAUGCGACGUGUGCCCCGUGGCCUUCUACAUGGGCCUCUUCGGAGCAGGAGACCUGCAUGGCCUGCCCGGACUUUGA